AUGGACUGGAGUCGAAUGGGGCCUUUUGGGAUGGACCAGAGACCUGAUUUUCCUGAAAACUUAGCUGACUUCAAGUAUCAGAGUGUUGAUGAGAAUGGUUGCCAUUCAGUAGAGGAUACAAUGAAGCAUUACCUAAUGGAACCUAAACAUGACAAUGUUGCGGUGGACAGUUUCUUAGGCCUCGGUAUGGAGAAUAUGGGCAUAAGCUCCAAGAUGGAGGAGUUUUCUCAUGGAUUUGACUUUAACUUUCUCCCAGAUUAUGGUGGAUCAGACUCUUGUAGCACUCAAGACAGGGAAUCAGGUUUAAAGCUCGAGAUUCUUGAAGGGUUUCUGGAUGAAGUUGAUGAAGUGGAAGAUAUCUACGCACCACACAACCUUUCUUCUAUUGGUGAUCAUUGCCUUCCAGACACUCAAGUCAAGAAGCAAGUGUCUGACACAGAUGGUGACCCUUAUGGUCUUAUGAACCUCAGUUCAGAAUCUUAUUCUUCUGGAAUUAGUGGAAGCAUUGGACUCUCUGAGUGGUCAAAAGAAACUGUUCCACAUUCUGAAUUCAAGAAUGUAUUGGAUACGAAUUCAAAGGAGACACUAUGUUUCUGUGAGCCAGGAGAUGACAAGAAACCACUGUCCACUUUUAUAGGCUCUUGGGUUGGACGAGGCAAGAGUCGAAAAACCAAUUCGUUUAACACCGCCCGUAGCAGAUCAGAUUGUUCCGGUGGAGCAAUGUCUUGUGUUUCCUAUGACUUCAGGCCUCGGAAAGGACCUCUGAGGAAACACAUUCAUACUAUAACGGAGAAUGCAUUAUCUGAUGACCAACUAACUUCAUCUGAGAGCGAAGAUGACAUUUGUGUGACAAACACAUCCAAAAGCAGAAGUGACAGGAGAAAGAAUCAGAGGAUGUGGACUCUUGAUGAAGUGGUGAAGUUGGUUAAUGGUAUUUCUCACUUUGGUGUUGGCAAAUGGACUGAUAUAAAGAACCUCUUCUUUCGUUAUGAAUCGCACCGCACACCAAUUGAUAUCAGAGACAAAUGGCGUAAUCUACUGAAAGCAAGCAAGCAUGUUGAUGGAGAGGAACGAAAGUCACCGGCUCGUCCUAUCCCUAAGGAUAUUCUAGAUCGUGUAAGAGAACUUGCUUCGCUCCACUUAAAAUCAUUGAGUUUCGUUCAUGAUUCCUCAAGAAGCCGAAACAUUUCAAGGAAGAAGAAGAAGAGGAGUUGA